GCAGCGGCAAAAGGGAUGUGCUAAGGAGAGGCAGAAGUUCUCACUUUCGUUUCUGCCGACGCAGAUUGCAGAAAUGAAAGUGAAAGAUGGAGGGCGUUCGAGCGGAGAAAUGGAAGGGGAGAGACGCAUCUGCAAGAACUGCAAGAGGGAUGUGGCUGCAGCGAAUUUCUCCCUCCAUGAAGCUCAUUGCAUGCGAUUUCUUGCUGUCUGUUCCAAGUGUGAGGAGCUGGUUGCUUCAAAGGACAUGAAAGAGCACCUUGCCAAAGCCCACCAACAGGUCAGAUGCAAGCUCUGUCACAAGAUGAUGCAACAGUAUCUGGUGGAGCACCAUGAGGCUGAAGAAUGCCGAGAACGCUCAGUGAAGUGCCACUUCUGUGAGCUGGAGCUGCCAUUCCACAAGCUGCAACCUCACCUGGAUGCUUGUGGCAGCCGCACCACCAUGUGUUGGGAUUGUGGCAAAUACGUCAUGCACAAAGUCCAAGAGAGGCACAAGCUCACCUGCCCAAUGGGCAACAUGCUGAGGGCCCCUGGUUCCAAAACAAAUUUAUGCCAGCAGUGUAACAACUGGUUUCCAACAGAUCAGUAUCUACACCACCUGAACGAAUGCAGUUUGCUCCCACAGCUCCUGGGGGCUCUUGCCACCCAUUCUGCCACAAAAUCAAGCUCUCCUCCAUCUCCAUGGAGCCCUCCAACUCCAGCUCCUUCUUCCCCUACUUGGAAGAUGAAGGCCGAGAAGGAUGUCCGCCCCAAGAGGAAGGACAAAGAGCUGCCUUCUGUCGAGAAAUUAUCUCUGAAGCCUCCAAGAAAUAAAAAGGCAUCUGGCUGCCAGGCCUUUGCCUCCAUCCUGACCUCCGCUGGGCCACAUGCCCUCAAUGACACGUAUGACCAGCUGGUGACAUGUUCUCAGUGCAACAUCCUCCUUCCAAGCCCAACCCUACAGAAGCACCAGAAAAAGUGCCAACGGGCAGCUUCCCUACAAGCACUUCGAAGGAGUCCACGAUUCUUGGAAAAAGAAGAAGAAUCGACGCAAAGCUCACCUGAAGAAAGUAGCUGGCAAUGACAUUUCUCAGCAGCUGAACUGGCCCUUUUCGUUCCAGCAGGAUCGGGUUCAGUAAACUGUUUUGCAAUACCCUGAUCUGCCUUUCUAAGAAUAAAAGAGCUACAGUUCACAACCAA